CACCGGCAGUGCGGAGACGUCGCGCCCCACGUGACUGCUGACGUAGGGUGGGAGGAGACUUGCGGAUGUCUCUGAGCGCGUUCCGCUCAUUUCGAUCAGUUCGACCGGCUUACCUCGACUCCGGCGUCAGCAGCUUCUGUCAGCAAACGUUAACUCACGCACAACGAUGAAGAUCUGGGCGUCAGAGCACGUAUUUAAUCAUCCUUGGGAGACAGUCACCAAGGCUGCUAUGCAAAAGUACCCCAACCCCAUGAACCCCAGUGUUAUCGGAGUGGAUGUGUUGGACAGAAGCAUCGACAAAGAGGGACGCCUCCACAGUAAAAGACUGCUCGGCACAGACUGGGGUCUUCCAUCCAUCGUGAAAGCCAUUAUCGGUAACACACGAACAUGCACGUAUGUUCAGGAGAAAUCUGUGGUGGAUCCCAUGGAGAAGAUAUUCGAGCUUCAGUCCUCUAAUAUCACUUUCACAAACCUGGUGUCGGUGGAUGAGAAGUUAACAUAUAAACCACACCCUGAGGACAAAGAGAAAACAAUAUUGACCCAGGAGGCGAUCAUCUCUGUGAAGGGAGUCAGCCUCAGCAGCUACUUGGAGGGAGUAUUGGCCAACACCAUGUCUGCUAACGCUGGAAAGGGCCGCGAAGCCUUGGAGUGGGUAAUCCGGCGGCUGAAUGCAGAGAUCGAUGAGCUGGCGGCGUCGGCACGCGGGACCUUGCGGACCCCGAUGGCGGCCGCCGUCGCUGAGGACUGACUCCUGAUUCUCUUUGCCAGCAGGGUCUGAGAAAAACUGCACACCGGGACAUCAAGCCUCACUUUUUGAUGCUCCGCCGCUGCUUUUGGUGCUCUGGAAGUUUUUUGGGGGGUUUUUUGUAUUAUUUUAAGGUACGAUUUAUCCAUCUCAUAUACUUUUACUAUCUACAUUAGAUAUAUUUUUUUAAUAGCAGACUGCAACAUAAGGGAGUUCUGUGGAGCAUCUUUAGAGGAUGCUGCCUGGUAGGGCCGAAGAGAUAAGAGACUCCGACACAAGUUUAAACGCCACUGUUAUCUGUGGGUUCAGAAACAUGUAGCUAAGGGUACCCAGAGCACUGGAGGAGAUUAAAACCAGGAAAGUGCCAAAGCAAACGCAACUCUUUGUCACCAGCAUCUUUACCUCAGAAGUCUCUUUUUUUCACAGUUAAAAGAUAAAACCAGUCAUGCGAUGGGAGGGAAACUCCUGUUCCAGACACGCCGGCAGAAAACAAUUUCUUAUUGAGGCGGGAGUGGAGUGCAAUGAAUGUCAAGGGUACACUGAAGAGGUUUGGAGUGUACCCGAGUCGAUGGUUUGAUUGACACAGCGAUAUGUCAAUCCAUUUUUAACUGUCCGGUUUAUUAAUGCGGGAGAGACUUGUACAAUACUGUCUUCAUGCGGGACUUCAGUAAUGACACACUGCGACUGUAAGCCUGAAUAUAAACUGUAUUUUGUUGUUAUGUGAAAACUGUUAUUUAAGUGAAAUGAAGGGAUCAAGGUAUUUGCCAUAUUUAUGUUUUUUAAAGAGAGACGUAGAAGACCUUCUCAAAUGCUGCGUUGGUAUAACUUCCAUAUCAAUCAGAUUCACUACCUGGACAUGUUUGAUCAAUACUACUGUUUCUGCGUUCUUACAGUCUUCUCAGCAGGAAGGCUGAGACCUUUUGCAUGGACUUUUAUUUGCACUUAUGAAAUAUUAAAUGUGAAGAAAGAAAAGCUGCUGCGAACGAGACGAUGCUGACCAUCUGUGAAUGCUUGUUUGACAGACGAUUUGCUUUCGAGAAGGUCUUUCUUUAUAUAAAAGACAGCACUGUGGUGAAGUUAAGCUUCUCUAUUAUACACACUUAUUUGGUUGGUUUACCUGAAACAGGAAUAUUUAUUGACCGAGUGAAUUGAACUUUAGCUGGAGAUUGAGGCAUUGAGAAAUGGGAAAACGCAUGCUUAAUAAUGUAAUCAUAGAAUUUGUGCAUUAUGUCUGGUUGCCUGUUAAGAGAUAUGGUUUCAGCAACUUGCAAUAUUUGAUUAUGAAAUAAAAUACGUUGACAUAUUUGAUAGAAGAUUUGAUAGAAAUAGUUUUGGAGGGUGUUCAUAUGCAAACUAUUAGAAAGACAAUGUUUGCUUUUUGAGUUAGAACUUAAUAUAAGUUCAUAUAUCUAAUGUAGAGUGAAUAUUUAUCUUACGUGACUAUUUUCAAGUAGCAAAAUGGCCCGUGUGAAAACUUACUUUGUUUGAUGUAUGUGAUUCUGCCAAACUGGUUCAGGUUGAGUCAAUGAUGCAAUUCAAAGUCAUUGUUACCAAAAGCGUGUGAAGGUAUGUUUGUGCUGUACUUCUCUAUCAUCAGCAGGUGUGGACCAGUACAACUGCAUUCUUCUGACGUUGGUCAUUCACUUUCAUUCAAGAGUUAUGCUGCCACACUUUGGCCAAAUGCUAGACUUCCAUUUUGAGAAGAAGCCAAGUCAAAAAAAAUGCAUUUUAUGUUCUGACAUUUUGUUUAAAAGGUUGGCCAAAGUAAGCUUUUUUUCGUUUUUUUAAAGUUACAAACUAAGUGAGUAGUUAAAAAUAAAUUAUUUACUGUAUGAUCUGUGUCCUACAUUUUUCUUCAAAUGGGUAAUAUAUCUAUGUAGAUGUCACAGCAGGUUAAGUGACAUU